GGCAGCAUUACUGUUUAACUCACAGGCUAAUCAGCCUCCUUGAAUCACCACAGCAAGGCUUAGACACCCUGGACUUCGCUCGGACUUCAGUGACGCAGUUUCUAAUAACAAAAUGAUGAUUCCUGCUCGCCUUAGUGAUCAAACGAACCUCUGAUUCUCUUCGACAAAACAAACCAGCCUCAAGCAGGAUCCUGAAUGACAGCAGCGAUGUAUGGAGGUUUCGGCAAUCAGCACAUUCCCAAUUAUGAUGAGCUAUAUUCCCGAGUCACUGGUAAUCCACCUGAAAAACCUCUCUCCACUGGAACCCAAAGUAUUGCCAACAGACCAUCCGCAAAAUCAAUUUACCAGCAACGAAAAGCCUAUACACAGACGCUUAACUCCCAAGAUAAACUAAUCCAACAUCGUGUCGAGCACCUGAUUACAUGCGACCAUAAGCUGAAUGACAGGUUGACAGUGGAGCAUUGCAUCCAACAGCUGAAGAAGCUCGAUGCUGUGGGCAGAGUCUGGGGACAGGGUAUGUUCCUCCAGGUGAAUAACGCUUCCUUCAAAAUGGUGGACCUCGAGACCAAGGAUGAAUUGGAUAACAUUCCCAUUGAUAUGGUUCAAGACAGUCAGGCAAUAUUGGAUAGCUGUGUGUACAACUCCAUCCUGGCCGUCACCAUCAGCAGCAAGCACGCGAUGAAGUCCAGUAUCUUCCUGUUCCAGUGUGACGAAGUCCCAGCUAAUAUCAUACAGCACGAUAUGGAGAAGAUGAUAAAGAAGAGAGAACGGGGAAUACAGGACAUGUCCAGAAGCUCGCCCGAAAAUCGAAUCUCCGAGCACUCUCAGGCACCUUAUGCGAGGCGUCCAGUUCUACCACCCGCUCCAAAUAGAUCACCUCUCCCAGACUAUGAUAACAAUGUGGAGACUACAAUAUCAGAGCAUGGAAGCUGGACAGAGCAAACGUCAAGGGCAUCGUCUGCAUUAGGUUCAGUGUCCAGCUAUGACCUGGCAGCUUUGACCACAAUAAGAAAUCAGGACAUCCUCAAUCAUCUCAUAGACGACAUUGAACUCUUUAUGGAGAAGGUUCAAGAAGCCGUUGCCUCCAAUCCUCAGCUGAAGAAAAAUAAAUAUAAAAAGUUUAAAGAUUUACUGCCUCCAGAGACAGAGUACACGGAAUGCCUGCAGAAGAUAAAAUAUGUCUUUAAUUUGCUGGCUACGUUAGAGCUACAACUUGAACAACCAAGUGCCGCUGACAUAGCACACGUAAUAUUCCAGAAUCUCCAGUAUAUGCUGGAACACGUUCCGGAUAAGCAUCUGGCAAAGGAUGUGGUUAUCCCGUUACUGACACCGGAAGCCAUAGAAUUCUUGACUUCAAACGCAAGUACGGAUGAGAGAAAGACCUGGAAGGCUCUGGGAAGCGCGUGGCUCACUGUCAGAUCAAGGUGGCCAAACGGUGAAGAUUUGGAACAAUACAAUCCAACAUUUUCGGACGGUUGGGUUCUUCCUCCACAGCCUUCUCAACAACAUCUACCUCCCAAUCAACUCAUGAGCAAUGAAGGAGAGCAUCCAACAAAGCAGGAGGGCGAUGGUACUCGGCAAGACAGUGACCGAUUCGAGAGGUCACAGAAGUUUGCCAAGGUAAUCUAUGAUUUCAAGAAACGGAAUUCCAAGGAGCUCACCGUGACAGUGGGAGAUGUUCUGGAGGUGCUGGAGGCCUCAAAGCAGUGGUGGAAAGUAAAGGACAGGAACGGCUCCAUCGGCCACGUUCCCAACAACAUCCUACACUUUAUGGACCAGGAAGAAGCAGCUUCUUCGCACAUGGAUUACAGCCGUGGAUUCCAACAUCCCCCCAGGCCUCCAUCUGCUCAGCUGCCGUCGAAGCACCCAAGUGAGGUGGCAACGUGGCUCCACGGCAAAGGAUUUUCCAACAUUGAUCCAAUCAGCCAGCAACGUCCAUGGGAAAUGACUCACAGAGAUUAUUAGAAGAACUGCAGUCUGCACAAGAAAAACAAUUUAAAGGCAGACAUCGUGUAUUUUGUGACUUGGACAUCCCUGUUUGGAUUCCUAGCUCAGUAUUUAUCUAUAAACAUUGUUUAAGAGAUGGAAUGGAUGAUUAUGUGUGGGAAGGAACUGCAGAUGCUGGUUUAAGUCGACAAUAGACACAAAAAAUUGGAGUUACUCAGCGGGUCAGACAGCAUCUCU